AUGGCGGUUAUUGACCAACACCACGAUGACUUCUCCAAUGUGUCCUGGCACACGGAGCAAACUGCUGCUGCUGAGAGUUCUAGCUCAGUGACGGCCACAAACCCCGACGAGACCGACCACAACGGACACUCUGCUUUUGACAGCGAAGCACCCGGCUCUGAUGACCGGGAAGUGCUGGAUUGCACCGUCUCCGAACCGCUUAAGGAGAAUGACGGCUCAAAGGAUACCUUUGUGUCCUAUUUGAUUACUACCAAUACUACCUUCCCUACCUUUCAGCGAUCACAUGUGGCAGUCCGCCGGCGGUUUACGGAUUUUGUCUUCUUGUAUAAGGCACUUUGCAGAGAUUAUCCCACCGCCGCAGUUCCUCCCCUUCCCGACAAGCAGCGUAUGGAAUAUGUCAGCGGCAACCGCUUCGGCCCGGACUUCACCAACCGCAGAGCGCAUUCUCUCCAGCGCUUUCUUACCCGUCUCUCCCUCCAUCCGGUCCUCCGUCGUGCCGAUAUCCUCCAUAUUUUCCUCGAGAGUCCUGAUUGGAAUGCUACUAUGCGUAGUCGCAGUACGAGGGGAUCCCAAAGCAGCGAUGCUGGUAGCAGUGGUGUCUUCGACAACCUAACGGACAGUUUCCUAAACGCCUUCACCAAAGCUCAUAAGCACGACAAGCGUUUUGUCGAAGUGCGAGAGAGGAGUGACAGGCUUGACGAGGAUUUGGCCCACAUCGAGAAGGUGGUUGCAAGAGUGGCUCGCCGCGAAAACGACAUUGAGUUGGACUUUAAAGACCUAGCAGAGCAGUUCCAAAAGCUUAUCACACUCGAGCCUGGAGUUGAGAAUGAGGUCAGACAUUUCGCCAACUCGGUCGAGGACACAGCGAUGGGCUUGCGUAAGCUCAAGGACGCCACCGAUCAGGAUUACCUCGGCAGCCUCCGGGAUAUGCAAGCCUACAGUAUGGCGUUGAAGAGCCUCUUAAAGGCGCGAGAGCAGAAACAGGUGGACUACGAGCAGCUAACGGAGUACCUUAACAAGAACACUGCCGAUAGGGACAUGCUCCAGUCCGGGCAUGGAGCCGGCGGCCUUUCAGGCGCCAGCGGCAGACUCAUGCGCAAACUUGAAGACGUACGUGGGGUUGACCACGAACAGUCACGCCGUGACCGUCAACGUAAACUCGAGAUGAGCAUCGACAAGCUUACCACUGAGGCGGAGCGUGCCAAGAAGACAAGCGAGAUGUUUGAUGACGAAGUUGUCAAGGAGGUUAACGAUUUUGAGCGGAUCAAGCGGAUCGAAUUCAAGAAGCAGCUUGGUGGGCUGGCCGACUCCCACAUCGAGUUCUACGACGAGGUAAUUGAGAUCUGGGAGGGGUAUGUUAAGGCAAUGGAGAAGGAGGGUGUAUCAGGCACCCGUAGCACUGGCGUCGAGCCUCCUGGCCGGCGAUUAGUGGAGUAG